GAUUAGAUUGCUUUCCUAGAGGAGUAAGCUGUUUUGUCAAUUGAGGUGGACUUUUCUUAGCUAGCCCAUUCUUGACAUCGUCUCUCUGUUCAUUUUCAGGAAAAACGAGCAAGGCAGAACAAAACGAGACGAUUGCUUCAUAUAAUUGAAGUUGGACUAACGUUCAAGCUUGUUCUACAGCCAUCGACAAUGCAGCUUCCGGCAAUUGACAUCAUCUAUCAUGAGCCCAUCACCUUGAGUGAUGGGACGGUCUUAUCAGCGAUGAUAUGGCUACCCAAAAACGCCAAAUCACACCCUGUCCCAGCAAUUCUCGAAUACUUGCCAUACCGCAAGCGAGACAUGACUGCCGUUCGCGAUGCCAUGAACCAUCCAUACGUCGCAGCUCAUGGCUAUGCCUGUGUCCGCGUUGAUAUGCGAGGAACUGGUGACUCUCAAGGUAUCCUACGAGGCGAAUACCUGCCGCAGGAGCAAGACGAUGCUCUUGAAAUUUUAAAGUGGAUUGCUGCGCAGGACUGGUGCACUGGAUCAAUAGGCAUGAUUGGUAUCUCAUGGGGCGGCUUCAAUGGGCUACAGGUUGCGGCUCGUCGACCACCUGAGCUCAAGGCUGUUAUCUCUAUCUGUUCGACUGAUAUGCGCUAUGAUGACGACAUUCAUUAUAUGGGCGGUUGCAUCUUGACAGAAAAUCUGACCUGGGCUGCUUCCAUGUUCUCUAUCAACUCAUCCCCUCCAGACCCAGCAUUGGUUGGUGAUCAGUGGCGGGACCUCUGGCUAAAGCGACUUGAAUCAGGUGGCCUUUUCGCAGAAGAAUGGCAUCAGCAUCAGCGACGCGACGAUUUCUGGAAACAUGCGUCUAUUGGCGAAAACUACAGCUCUAUACAAUGUCCAGUUUAUCUCGUCGGCGGAUGGAUGGAUCCUUAUACCAACACGAUCUUCAGGAUGUUGGAGAAUCUGAAGGUGCCUAGAAAGGGCCUUGUUGGUCCUUGGGGUCACAAAUAUCCUAACUUUGGGUACCCAGGACCGCAGAUUGGCUUUCUGCAAGAGUCCAUUAGAUGGUGGGAUAAGUGGUUGAAAGGAAGCGAGACGGGGAUUAUGCAUGAACCUAUGCUGCGAUGCUAUCUUCAAGAUCCGACGCCUCCAGCGCCAUACAUGGAAGAUCGACCAGGCCGCUGGGUUGCAGAAGAUAGUUGGAGCGAUUCCAAGCCCUGUUUGCUGAGAUUGGGGCUUUCACCUGGGCAGCUAUUAACCGGGAAACCGACGAGCAAUGAGAAACUGGAGAUCUGCUCUCCUCAGACGGUGGGCUUCGCGGGCGGGAGAUGGUUAGUAUUUGGUGUCGAAGGCGAAGGGCCAGGUGAUCAACGUCUGGAAGCUGGAGGAAGUCUCUUAUUCGACUCACAAAUUCUAACCGAACCGUUAGACUUUCUUGGAGCUCCAGUUUUGAAGCUGCGCAUUGCGAGUGAUAAAGCAAAUGCUCUAAUAGCAGCAACCUUGUCGGAAGUACUGCACAACGGCGCUGCCACGAAGGUCUCUCACGGCGUUCUGAACUUGACACAUCGCCAUGGUCAUGAAGACGUGCGACCUCUAGAGCCUCGGAAGUUCUAUGACAUUACGCUCAAGCUGAACCACUUUGGGCAGCGCAUUGGUACUGGAAGCCGGCUUCGCCUUGCGUUGUCCUCGACGUGCUUCCCCCUGGUCUGGCCAUCUCCUGAAAUCACGACCCUCACCAUCGACUGCGCCCACAGCACUCUAGAUCUCCCAGAGAGGGGUGAUAACCCUCAAGACUCGUAUCUCAAACCAUUCAAACCAGCCAUCAACGGAUCCCUCUCACAAACUGAACUCCGACCAGCUAAGCAUAGAAAUUACGUCACAAAUGACUGGGACUCCGGCGAGACUGCACUUUGUGUUGACUGGGAUGACGGUAUGUGGGAAGUCAACGAAACAGGCUGGAGGUAUGGAUGGUGGACAGGUUUGAAGUCGAGUGUGAAGCCGGAUGAUCCUCUGUCAGCAGAGGUCGAGCAGCGGUUUGUGAGGGACUUUGAGAGGGAUGAUAUUGUUAUCAAGACGAAGGAGGCCGGGGCUCUAUCAGAUGAAAUUCUUGAUGCUGUCGUCGAGGCUGGAAGAGACGAAUUUGAUCAUCUGGCGCCACCAUCUGCCUCUGGCGAAACAUCAUCACAAUGCCUUCAUACCCUACUGUUCCCCAAGGAGUAUUACUUUUCAUUCCGGACCUUGAACUGCAAGGCAGAGGUGCUGCGCCAGGAUAGUGGCGUUAAGCAGGACGCUGUUCUCGUUGGCCAAUCUGGCCUACCAUUCCACCUCAACAAAGACAAGGAUUGCAACCUACCAAUUUAUUCUACUAAGGACAUUCAUGCCGUCGAAGACCUUCGCAAUGCGGGUUUUAUUGCCCAUGUGAUGGUCGAUGGGAAGAAAAUGUGCUCAAAAGUUGGAUAUAGCAAGGGCGAGGACUCCGCACAGCGAGAGCUUGACUGCCUCUGGAAGAUUACGACAUCCCCUCACGCAGCUGCCAUCCAGGUCCCCAAGAUUCUGGGUCUUAUCACGACACCCGAGAAUGGUAAGACUAUUGGGUUUUUGGAGAAGUAUAUCCCAGUCUCUGAGACUUGGGAGUUAUCAACACUAGGAAGUAUUGAAGAUGUCUCUGCGAUUGAUGAGAGCCGGCGGAAGAAGUGGGCAUCUCAGGUUCGGGACAAUGUUGAUCUCUUACAUAAGACUAGGAUUACAUGGGGUGAUGGUAAAGCAUCUAAUGUAUUGAUUCAUCGCGAAACGGACGACGCGUGGAUUAUCGACUUUGGAGGCGGAUGGACUGAAGGUUGGGUGGAUAAGCCAUUGAGCGGAACCAUAACAGGAGAUGAGAUGACUUACUUCCGAUGA